AUGUACACGUAUUUAAAGUUUAUUGUGGGGGUUACACACAUUCUGCUAGUAAAUUCAACUAAAUCGGCAACUCUUCAUGAGACAUGGAACCUUCAGAAUUAUCGUGUGAAACGGCAGGAAGGCUACUUCUACGACCGACCGAGUGUUUCCUUUGACCUACCCACGCAAUCCACGACAGCAGCGGCCCAAACCCCUGUGAUAGAAAGAACUCAAACCCCUGCAGUUGACAGGACACAAUCUCAGUACAUGUUUUACGCGUAUCCAGCGCCCUCUGGCGGGGAUACCGUAAACAUAGGUUACUCUACAACUGGGAGCAGUACAGCUACCACUUCCCCUGGUUACACAGCAGGAAAGACGGCAGGAGGUGGUGGUGGUGGUGGAGCUGAAGGAUACAAUUAUGGAACCCAGAGUUCUGGGACUUCAAAUGCUGCUACAGGAGGUGGUGCAAGUCAAGGCUCAGGAGCUGGAGGAUACAAUUAUGGAACCCAGAGUUCUGGGACUUCAAAUGCUGCUACAGGAGGUGGAGUAGGUCAAAACUCAGGAGCUGGAGGAUACAAUUAUGGAACCCAGAGUUCUGGGACUUCAAAUGCUGCUACAGGAGGUGGUGGUCAAAGCUCAGGAGCUGGAGGAUACAAUUAUGGAACCCAGAGUUCUGUAACUUCAAAUGCUGCUGCAGGAGGUGGAGUAGGUCAAAACUCAGGAGCUGGAGGAUACAAUUAUGGAAUACAGAGUUCUGGAACCUCAAAUACUGCUGCUGGAGGUGGUGCAAGUCAAAGCUCAGGAGCUGGAGGAUACAAUUAUGGAACCCAGAGUACUGGAACUUCAAAUGCUGCUGCAGGAGGUGGUGCAAGUCAAGGCUCAGGAGCUGGAGGAUACAACUAUGGAACACAGAGUUCUGGAACCUCAAAUACUGCUGUUGGAGGUGGUGCAAGUCAAAGCUCAGGAGCUGGAGGAUACAAUUAUGGAACCCAGAGUUCUGGGACUUCAAAUGCUGCUACAGGAGGUGGAGUAGGUCAAAACUCAGGAGCUGGAGGAUACAAUUAUGGAACCCAGAGUUCUGGGACUUCAAAUGCUGCUACAGGAGGUGGUGGUCAAAGCUCAGGAGCUGGAGGAUACAAUUAUGGAACCCAGAGUUCUGUAACUUCAAAUGCUGCUGCAGGAGGUGGAGUAGGUCAAAACUCAGGAGCUGGAGGAUACAAUUAUGGAACCCAGAGUUCUGGGACUUCAAAUGCUGCUACAGGAGGUGGUGGUCAAAGCUCAGGAGCUGGAGGAUACAACUAUGGAACCCAGAGUUCUGUAACUUCAAAUGCUGCUGCUGGAGGUGGAGUAGGUCAAAACUCAGGAGCUGGAGGAUACAAUUAUGGAGCACAGAGUACUGGAACUGCAAAUGCUGCUACAGGAGGUGGUGCAAGUCAAAGCGCAGGAGCUGGAGGAUACAAUUAUGGAUCUCAGAAUUCUGGAACAGCAUCUACGCAGAACGCGCCCACUGGAUCUGGUGUAUCUGGUUAUAAUUACAACACACCGAGUCCCAAUUCUGGAGCUAAUCAAAGUCCAACUACCGCCUUCACGAAUUCUCCACAAUAUUUGCCACCAGUAUCGACCGGCGUCAACACAGGUGUUACUGUCAAUAUUCCAUCCGGAACUGUAACAACAACCAGCUCAGGUUCGGGAUCUGUAAAAACUAUUACAACAGGAGCAGAAACAGGAAUUCCUGGUGGAGGGUAUUUACCUCCAGUUAUAUCUCCUUCAAUUUCUCCGAGUCCUCAGCCCGGAACGGUACCUGGUCCAGCUCCGUCUCAACCAGUAUCUAGUGCUCCCGCUGAGUAUUUACCACCAGUUGUUGUAUCGACACCCGGCUCACCUGCUCAGAACACCGUAUCAACACCAGCGUCAACUUAUUUACCACCUGUAUUCUAA